UCCCGUACCACCCCCCUCACAUCCACCUCCACCAUGCGCCUCCUCGGGUUGUGGAGUCUACUUUCAGUGGCCACGCUGGCGUCGGCUCAUCUUCCGCCACGAGACCAUGUCGCCCACGACUACUACGCCAUCCACGUAUCCUCGUCCUCAUCCUCGUCUGCGUCGCUGGAUGAACUCGCCACACACUUGGGUCUGACAUACUUGGGGCCCCUGGGCGCGCUCGAGGACCACCACGUCUUUAAGGCUCCGAAACACGAAAGCGACAUCGUCGACGAUGCUGUGCAGGAACUCAAGCGUCGGCGACUCAAAUCACGGGUGGAUUCCCACGUUCUGGACAAUGUGCUCUUUACGCAAAAACAGAAGUUGAAGCCUCGGCAUUGGAAACGAAGCAUAAUACCAAAGCGUCAAAACAUCGCUGUGCAUGGUAAUGCAGCUGCCGUCAAAGCCCAACAGGACAUUGCCAAAACUUUGAGCAUCAAAGAUCCCAUUUUCAACGAACAGUGGCAUUUGUUCAAUACAAAGACCCCCGGGAAUGAUGUCAACGUUACUGGUGUGUGGCUAGAUGGCAUUACCGGCAAAAACGUCACAGCGUGCAUCGUCGAUGAUGGCCUGGACAUGGAUAGCCAGGAUCUAAAGGACAACUUUUAUGCCGAAGGUUCAUACGACUUCAACGAUGAUGAUCCGCUACCGAAGCCCCGCCUCUUAGAUGACCAGCACGGCACGCGGUGCGCUGGCGAAGUUGCCGCCGGUCGAAACAAUGCCUGCGGAGUUGGACUGGCCUAUGAUUCUAGAAUAUCGGGUGUGCGCAUUCUCUCAGGCCAAAUCUCUGACAUGGAUGAAGCGGCUGCCAUCAACUACAAGCUUCAAGACAACGAUAUCUAUUCAUGCUCAUGGGGUCCACCCGACGAUGGCAAAACCAUGGAGGGUCCUGGUAUCCUGAUCAAAAAGGCCAUGCUGACUGCUGUUCAGAAAGGUCGUGGUGGAAAGGGCUCUAUCUACGUGUUCGCUGCAGGUAACGGUGCGAACAAUGGCGACAACUGCAACUUUGACGGCUACACCAACAGCAUCUACAGCAUCACAGUAGGCGCCAUCGAUCAGAACAACGAGCAUCCCUAUUACUCCGAAGCUUGCUCCGCCCAAUUGGUCGUCACAUACAGCAGUGGGGGUGGCGAAUCUAUCCAUACCACCGACAUUGGCGCCAACAAAUGUACUGCUAGCCAUGGUGGUACCUCUGCCGCGGGUCCGAUUGCUGUCGGCGUAUAUGCCCUUGUUCUAUCAGCUCGCCCUGAACUGACCUGGCGUGAUCUGCAGUGGCUCACUGUCGAGACUGCUAUUUCCUUCGAUCAGCCCAGCGACUGGAAGAAGACGCCAGGAAUGGGCCGCAUGUUCAGUCACCAAUUCGGCUAUGGAAAGCUCGAUGCGUAUGCCAUUGUUGAAGCAGCCAAAACUUGGAAACUAGUCAAGCCUCAGGCAUGGUUCUGGUCCCCGUGGAUGCACGUCAAACAGGCUAUUCCCCAAGGUGAUAAAGGGUUGGCCAGUUCCUUCGAGGUCACAGAGCAAAUGCUCAAAGAUGCCAAUCUCGAACGUGUGGAGCACAUCACGCUGACAAUGAACGCCGAGCAUGAGCGCCGUGGUGAUCUCAGUGUUGAGCUGAUCAGUCCAGAAAACAUGACGAGUCACCUCUCGGUCACCCGCAAGGGUGAUGAGGAAGCCGUGGGUUAUGAUGACUGGACAUUUAUGAGUGUAGCUCAUUGGGGUGAGAAGGGUGUAGGCAAGUGGACUGUCGUUGUAAAAGACACUGAAGUCAACGACAAGACCGGAAACUUCACCGACUGGAAAUUGCGACUUUGGGGCGAGUGUAUCGAUGCGUCAAAGGCCAAAGACUUGCCGCUACCUACCACCCACGAUGAUGAUGAUCACGAUGUGAUUGAUGACCAUCCUGCUCACACCACUUCUGUCUCUGUGCCUACCGGUACCCCCGUUUCCGUUGACCCAUCGAACCUGCCCACUCGUCCAGUAAACCAAAAGCCUACGGGUACAUCACAAGCAGACAGCUCUGCAACUCCAUCGCCCUCGGCUGCCGCAGCCUCAGCCACCGCAUCCCCUGAGAACUUCCUCCCCUCCAUCUUCCCAACCUUUGGCGUCUCGAAGCGCACUCAAAUCUGGAUCUACGGAAGUAUCGGUCUCAUUCUGGUCUUUGUCGCCGGUCUGGGCACAUACUUCUAUCUCGCACGCCGAAAGCGUCUCCAGUCUACCCGCGAUAGCUACGAGUUCGAAAUCCUGGAUGAAGCAGAUGACGACGAGGGCGGCGCCAGAGCAGGUAUGCUCGCUGGAGCUGGUGGUGCGCGCUCUGGCAGGCGGGCCAAGAGAGGUGGCGAGCUCUAUGAUGCAUUUGCGGGUGAGAGCGAUGAGGAUCUGUUGAGUGAGAGCGAGGAUGGCGAUGGCCCCUAUAGGGAUCGCGAUGAGAGUCCUUAUGACGAGAAGGCGCAUUUGGCGGAGGGCAGCGGUAGUGAUGGCGAGUCUGCGGGGAAGAGACAUUGA